AUGAUGGAGACCGAAAAGCUUGAGAAUCCGAACACCUCUAACAACCCUGCUCCCGUGCCUGUUGCCUUAGGCGCUAGGUCUUCGAAGAACACAAUCGAGCUCUACACGGAGAUCCAGAAGUUCGGACUUGUUCUGCCUGCAUUCCACUUCGACAUUGACAAUAGUGGGGGGUGGAGCGUCAAGAUGGAGUUUCUAGGCGAGGUGCUUGAGGAGAAGGGCCCGUUUGGGAGUAAGCAGGAAGGCAAAGAGAUGCUAGCUGGGCAGGCGUUGGAGAUGGUAAGGAAAGGAGUUAAGGAAGGGAUAAUUGUGAAGCCGGUGAAGGCUAAGAAACUUAAGAAUGCUUUGGGGGCAGGAGAGGCGAAUGGUGUGCCUGAGGUUGUUGAGAAGAAAGAGCCGGGCCCGAAUUAUAUUGGACAAUUGUCCGAAUUCCAGCGCGCAAACUCUGCACUGCAGCCCAUCUACUUGGAAUAUCAACACGGCACCCAAUUCUCCUGCGUCGUUACUAUCGACAAUCUGCCAAACCGAGCCUUCAGCUCCAAAACAGACCUCUUCUCGAACAAAAAAGCGGCCCGCCAAAAUGCCGCCAAAUGCGCCAUCGAGUACUUCAAAUCCCAAGGCCUUUGGCCCGACGACGUCACCUCCGUCGGCGGGAUCAAGAAAAAGAAAGUCGUCCAGAUCCCACCCCAACCGCUUCCAGUCACAAGCCCAAGCCCCAAGAAACUCUUGAAUAGCUCCAGCCCAACAUCCCCUGGCCCCAGCCCCGGACCGGGAACCAGCUACGCUUCCCAAGUCGCACAAAUCGCCAUCUCCCUUGGUCUUCCGACGCCAGAAUGGCGCUUCCACGAAGACCCCAAUGCCUCCGCCCCUCCAACUGGUUUCCACACCUUAGCGUGCUUCUUCAAGAAUGGUGGUCCGCAUGCGGGCCCGAUUGGCGAGACGAGACAUAUCUUUGGCAGGAAGAAAGCGAAGGAGGAGUGCGCGAGGAAGACACUGGAGUAUUUGAAUCAGGUUAAGGAGAGGAGGUUGAGCUCUGGCAGGAGGAUGUUGGAGGGAGUUGAGAAUAGGGAUCAAGCUGCGGAUGGCGCGACAAAGAGGCAGUUUGAGGAAGAGAUAGGUCUGGGCGUGGGGAUGCAGAUGGAUGAGGAUAUAGAUAUGGGAGAGAAUGACGAGUUCGAGGAUGCAGAAGAGCGGUUCCUGGUCGAUGUUUAG